AUGAAGGAGCCGCAGAGAGAGAGGGACAGAGAAGGUGGACACGUUGGAAGUAGCAAAGAGAAUGACCAGAGCUGGAUUCCCAAGAUCCUCAGGAAGCGAGUGUGCACCACUUUUGUUGAAGACUCUUUCAGUAAUGGAGCGCUGUGUCAGUGUGGUGGUGUGCGGGAGGUGCAUGACUCUGUGGCAACGGCAGACUUCUUUGGAGCAGCCAUUGUCACUCAGUGGGACAGCAGGCAGCACUCUUCAGAGUGUCCCACCGACGCCUAUGGGGAACUGGAGUUUGCCGGCGCUGGACGAAAACACAGUCAUUUUCUGCGGCUGUCAUGUGACACCUCACCUCAGAUUGUCUACACCCUGAUGACGGUUCACUGGGGCCUGCCCUUACCCAACUUAGUUGUGUCGGUGGUGGGGGGUGAAGGCCAUGAGAAGGUCAAAACAUGGGUGAGAGAUGUCCUAAGAAACGGGCUGGUUAGGGCUGCACAGAGCACAGGGGCGUGGAUUCUGACGGGGGGUUUGAGGGAAGGCGUGACCCGCUGUGUGGGUGAGGCGGUGAGGGACCACGGGUCCGCGGCUCCAGCUAUCUCCAAGAAGAAAGUGAUUGCUGUGGGGCUGGCACCCUGGGGCCUGGUGCACAACAGGCAGCAGCUCGUCAAUGCCCAGGGCAGUUUCCCUGCUCGAUACUACGUCCAGAACACAUCGCGCGACUCCUGCUGCUUGGACAACAACUGCCAGGCUUUCCUCCUGGUGGAUGAUGGUACUGUUGGCCGCCGAGGGGGAGAGACAGCCUUUUGUGGAAGUCUGGAGGACUACAUUUCCCAUCAGCGCACUGGCAUUUGGGGUAGUGGCAGUAUUGAAAUCCCUGUGCUGUGUAUGCUCAUCUCAGGAGACGCCAAUAUGCUGGAGAGAUUAGAUGUCUCUCUGAGGAAAGCUACACCCUGGCUGGUUCUUGCUGGUUCUGGUCCUGCUGCAGACUUUAUCAGUGAUCUGCUGGACAAUCUCUCCUCUGUUUCCCUGAGUACCUCCUCUCCUCCAGCAGAGGGGGAGGCUGCUGAGGGUCUCAGCGCAGAGCUCCGCGACAAGGUCCGUGACAAGGUUCAGAGAUACUUCCCAGCUGCAGCUGAGCUGGAGAAACUGGUGGAUAGUGCUCUGAGUAUUUAUCAGAACAGAGAGUUCAUUACUGUUUUCCAUGGGGAAAAGGAGGGCUCUGAUGAUUUUGAUAUAGUUCUCCUCAAAGCUCUUGUUAGAGCUAGUAAAGGUGUGUCCAGUGAAGCCAUGAAGUACACUGAGGAGCUAAAACUAGCCGUGGCCUGGAACCGAGUGGACAUCGCCAAAACUGAGCUCUUUAAUGGAGACUUACAGUGGAAGUAUGAGGACCUUGAGGACUCCAUGACAGACGCACUGAUCAACAACAAGCCCCAGUUUGUGCGUCUCUUCUGCGAGAAUGGACUGAAUAUUCUGGACUACCUGACAUACCGCCACUUGGAAAGCUUGUACUGCUCACUGUCAGACAGCUCACUGGCCUACAUUCUGCUCCAGAGGCAUCUAAGCGAGAGGCAGAGCCUGGGUGGAUCCCUGCCCAACCUGCAUGGAGCUCAGACGGUGCCUCUGAAGAGUCUUCAGAGUGCAUUAACUGGACCCGCUUCAGCAAUGGAGCUCAACCUGUAUGAGGUAUCCCGCCUGCUGUGGGACCUGUUGGGUGAUGUCUGUCAGCCUUUCUACUAUGGACCUUUGGGCCUGAACCCCAGCACCGGCACUAGGAAGGCUCUCAAGCAAGUCAAUAAGAUGCUGCUGGGGGAGUGUAUGUAUCAGGACCAGCGCUGCCUCUCCCCCUGGGCAGCCCUCUUCAUCUGGGCCAUCCUGCAGAACCGCCGUGAAAUGGCUAUUUACUUCUGGGAGAUGGCAGGGGAGUCAGUGCUGAGCGCUCUGGGUGGCUGUAAGAUGCUGAGGGAGCUUUCUAAGCUUGAGAGUGAGACUGAGACCAAGCUAGCCAUGAAGGAACUGGCACAGACGUUUGAGAACCUGGCACACGAUGUAUUUGGUGAGUGUUACCAGAGCAACGAGAGUCGCUCCUUUACUCUCCUUAUAAGGAAGUCUCCAGUGUGGGGCGGAGCUACGUGCCUUCAGAUGGCCACUGCGGCUGACGCCCGCCAGUUCUUCAGCCACGAUGGUGUCCAGUCCCUGCUGUCUCAGAUCUGGUGGGGUGACAUGGAGAGGAGUACUGAGGUCUGGAAACUGGUUCUCACCUUCUUCCUGCCCCCUCUCAUCUACACAAACCUUAUCAGCUUCAGAGCACAAGAGGAGGAAGAUAAGUCUGUGGAGGUCCACCACGGCAGAGACGCUGACAGUCUGGAUGGAAAUGAUGCCACCGUCUUCUCCCUUGCUGACAUACAAAAUGAGGAAGAAUCCGAGGAGUUGAGGGCUCGAAAAGAAAAGCUGAAAGACUCCAAGAGACCAUUUAUUGUGUCACGGUGGACACAGUUCUGGUAUAGCCCUGUUACCUCAUUCCUUGGCAACGUGCUGAUGUACUUCCUGUUCCUCUACCUGUUUGCCUAUGUUCUUUUGGUGGACUUCAAGCCCCCACCCCCUGACGGCCCGUCCACUCUGGAAUUUGUGCUUUACUUUUGGGUUUUCACCUUUGUGUGUGAAGAGAUUCGGCAGACCUUCUUUGUGGGCAGCACCUUUGUGCUCCAGAGGAUGAGGAAUUACAUCCAGGAUGUGUGGAACAAGUGUGACCUCACAGCCAUCACUCUCUUCACUUUGGCUUUGUGCUGCAGAAUGUUUCCCUGGUCAUAUGAUGUUGGCCGAGCUGUCAUGGCCAUAGAUUUUAUGGUCUUCACACUACGUCUGAUCCAUAUCUUUGCCGUCCACAAACAGCUUGGGCCCAAGAUCAUCAUCGUUGGCAAAAUGAUGAAGGAUGUUUUCUUCUUCCUUUUCUUUCUGGCUGUGUGGCUCUUGGCUUACGGAGUGACCAAUCAGGCCCUCCUUUACUCGUAUGAUCCGCGCCCUGGUUGGAUAUUCCGCCGAGUGUUCUACAGACCAUACCUGCACAUCUUUGGACAAAUACCUAUACAUGAAAUGGAUGCUGAUAAAUUGGUGGAAGUACCCUGUACAAACAACGCCACACUCAUUGAAGCAGGAGAGGAGCCCUGUAUGAGCACCUACUCCAACUGGCUGGUUGUCAUCCUCCUUGUCAUCUACCUGCUGUUUACCAACAUAGUACUGGUCAACCUACUCAUUGCUAUGUUCAGCCACACCUUCUCAAAGGUACAGGAGCACAGUGACACCUAUUGGAAGUUUCAGCGUUACAACCUGAUUAAGGAGUAUCACUCAAGACCCUGCCUGGCACCGCCCUUCAUCAUCAUCUCACACCUCCACCUUUUCAUCAAGAGAUUCUACUACCAGAUCCCCUCAGUCAAAAUCAAACACUUUGUUCUGGAGUUGCGGGGCAAGACGGCUAGCUGCCUCAACACAUGGGAGGCUAUCCAGAAAGAAAACCACCUCUCAGCUCAGAAUAAGCAGCAGAGGGAAACCGACACAGUACGAAUUAAAUGUACAUCCGUCAAGGUGGACAGUGUGCUAAAGCAAAUGGCAGAGAUCCGAGACCAUGACAGAAGGUUGCGGCUGCUGGAGACAGAGCUGGAGUACUGCUGCAGCGCCCUCUCCUGGAUGACAGACGCUCUGUCUCAGAGUAAUCUGAUAAAGGCUGGCCACCUCCCCUCUGCUCCUCAGAGAUCUGACUCGACUGGCUCCAAGCUGACUUCCUGAACUCCAGGAGUUCGUUCACUCACUCACUCACACACUCACUCACACACAGUUUACUCAGGGCCAUUGUGUCAAAGUGCACCAUGUUUGCUAUUCUGCUAAUCAUGUCAUUUGUUUUACUGUGAUGAAUUAAAAUGCAUUUUAAUUUAGACAAAUAAUAUGCUGAUAUGUUUAACAGUAGUGCCGGCAUGCAUUACUGUCUGCUACAGUCCGACUGCAGAUGCCAGAUGGGGGCUUUUUUAUGCCCCAAAUGUUAGUAGAUUACCUUAUUAAUAUUUCUGCUAAGUUCAUUAAGUAAGAACAAUAUCACCAUUUAUGAGAUAAAAUUGUAUUAUAGGAUGAAAACCUUUUUUAAACUGCACUAAUCAAUGUUCUAUAUUAACAAUGUAUCAAAUUGCUAACAUGUGAAAGGGGUCACAAAAAAAGAACUGUACUUUCUCUCAGCUCGUCAGAGGUUUUUAGCCUCUUGUAGCUCAUUCUUUUUUUAUCAACCUCAUUUAGUUUAAUCCAUAUCAAAAUAAAGAUACAGUGAGAAAACAAACCAAUAAAAUCAACGAGUGCAGUAUGAAUGUCUGUUUCAAAUUGUUCCUGUCUAUGUGUAUUAGCUAGUUUCUAACAACAGCACCAAUCUAAACUAAGCUAAAGACCAUGUGUAAGAGCCAUAUGAGACUUAGUAAGAUGUCUUAAAUGAUUUGUGUAACAAAUGUGUGGAAAUGCUCCUU